AGAAAAAAAUACACUCCUAAAAAAUAAGGAGCGGAAAGAGCCGCAGAUCGUAUGACACUUCAAAUUGAAUGUGCCUCUGCCCCUAAUUUGGGGAUAGGCCUAAGUUAGGGUUUCUACAGAUCUCAGCAACCAAAAGUCAACAAGUUAAUUCUUUUCAAACUCCUAUUGGGUUUAGGAUUUUGGAGUUUUUCUUAUUCUUGGUUUAUUGAUAGAAUUAGGGUAUAAUUGUUUGUGUUCUCAGUGAUUUGUUUGUUAAGGCAAAUAUUAGUGGGCUAUCUGAGCUGCCAAUGCAAAUUGAAUUGAAAUCUGAGAAUUUUUCGGUUGUUUUUGGAAUACCGAAAAAGUUAAAGGUGUAAAGUUCAUCAAUGUCUUGGGCAAGUCCAGAAGAUAUCUAUCUCUCUACUUCUCUUGCAAGCUAUCUUGACAAGAAACUUCUUGUACUGCUGCGAGAUGGGCGGAAGCUUUUAGGAACACUUCGUUCUUUUGACCAAUUUGCUAAUGCUGUUCUUGAAGGUGCAUGUGACCGUGUUAUUGUUGGUGAUCUAUAUUGUGAUAUCCCAUUAGGUCUUUAUAUUAUACGUGGGGAAAAUGUUGUGUUAAUUGGUGAACUGGACGUAGAUAAGGAGGAACUUCCACCUCACAUGACACGUGUUUCAGAAGCUGAAAUAAGAAGGGCGCAGAAAGCAGAAAGGGAUGCUACAGAUCUUAAAGGCACAAUGAGAAAGAGGAUGGAAUUCCUUGAUAUGGAUUGAGGUUUCUUAUUUCUUGUGUUGGAUUCUGCUUGGGAUUGUUCCAUGCCUUCUGCAAAUAUUAUCGUGGUUGCUGCGUGGUUUCCUGGGAUUCCUCUCUUCUCUUGGGCUGUGCUCUCGGAUACAUGAAGUGUUCUUUGUAACAUCUGCACUAUUAUUGGAUUUUUCAUUUGUGGUUAUAUGUUUGAAGGUUGCCCAUCUCCAUAUCUAAUGGCAUGAACUGGUAUUAUACCUGGUGAUAUGGGAAAUGGCGGGCCAUAAAAAUGGUAAAACAAAUCGUGAGUUCUUCCGUUUGCUUUUUUAUGCUAGUCUGGAGGAACUUUAGUUUUUAUGGUAGACCACUAGAACGUACAUGUUGUGAGAUUGGCAUAUUGGCAUUUACCUUUUCAGAAAACAAUUACUCCUAUGUAGCUUUGUUAAUCGCGUGUGCUAUUGUAAUUUAGCAUUGUUCAAAUCUUAAUACGCUUAAUUUUUAGGUAAUUGGUGGUUUA